CGCAUCGCCUGCUUUUCAAUUUUUAUUUUUUUUUUCACCAUCUUCAGUAAUCGGUACUUUUUGAUUUUUAUUCUUUUCAUCAUUCUUUGAAUUGCGUUUGCCAAUUGCGACUAUUACCUAUCUUCGUAUCCGUCCAUUCAUUUAAAAUUAUAUUCUGCUGUAGCUCAAAAAUGAAUUCCAAACUCUUAGCCUUGAGCUCGAAGAUCAUUUUUAAGAAUUCAAGUAGAAUGUUUUCUGUCUCGGCCGCAAAAUUCACCAAAGUCAAGGAUGAAGGAUUUCCUGAUCCUUUGGAUUUAGCUACUGGUAUUGAAAAGAAAGAAAUGCUUUUGCGUCUAGCUGGGAAUGAUGAUCCAUACAAUUUGAAAGCUAUUAAACGCGGUGCGAGUACUUGUGAUCAACCCACUUUAAUUCCAUCUGCCUUUGAAGCAAGAAUUAUUGGUUGCGUAUGUGAAGAAGACUCAUCUCAUGUCAAAUGGAUGUGGCUACAUUCAGGAGAACCAAAACGUUGUUUCUGUGGCCAUUGGUAUAAAUUAGUUUUCAAAGAAUCCCUUGUGUAUGAAUAAAAAAUAUUUGUUACCAGCAUUUGUUUAGUCCUGUUCCAAAUAAUUUAUUUUUUUUACCAAUUAAAUUUUUAUAGUUGGUAUAAAAAAAUUUAAUUUGGGAUCAGUAACAGUUAUUAAUUGUUAUUAAAUUGUUUAGCUAAAAUAAGGAAGACUUAUAAAGAGAAUAAAAUUUUACAACAAUA